UUCACCAUGAAUAUUGCCCUGAUUUUCCUACUCUUCCUUUUGAAGUUUGUGUACUCGUUCGUAUGGGUCCCACGGAGAAUCGAGAACCACUUCAGAAAGCAAGGAGUUCGGGGUCCCGGCUACCGUUUGAUCACCGGUAACUCAGCCGAAAUCCGGCGAAUCUACGCCGAUGCUCAAUCGAAGCCAAUGAUCACCUUCGACCACGACAUCCUCCACCGCGCUGCUCCUUUCUACUACAGGUGGUCAGGGAUGUACGGGAAGACCUUCCUGUACUGGUUUGGGUCGAAUCCGAGGCUGGCAAUAUCCGACCCGGACAUGAUCAAAGAAGUCCUUAUGAACACGACCGGAUCAUUCGGAAAGAUCCGGCACAAUCCCUUGGCUAAUGUUCUCUUCGGUCAGGGACUUGUUGGGCUUUCGGGCGAGAAAUGGGCCAUCCAUAGACGGAUCACAAACCAAGCCUUUAAUAUGGAGCGAGUUAAGUGCUGGGUACCAGAAAUCGUGGCUAGUACUAUAAAAAUGAUCGAUAAGUGGGAAGAAAAUAGAGGAGGGAGAGACGAGUUUGAAAUGGAUGUUCAUAAAGAGCUUCAUGAACUCUCAGCAGAGAUAAUAUCAAGAACAGCUUUCGGAAGCAGUUUUGAAGAAGGGAGGCGCAUUUUCAAUUUACAAGAGCAGCAAAUGCAUCUUUUCUCCAAGGCUGUCAGAAGUGUAUAUAUUCCCGGAUUCAGGUGGUUGCCUACUAAGAUGAACAAAGAAAGGUGGAGACUAGAGAAGGAAACUCGAGACUCUAUAAGGAUGCUGAUUGAGACCAACGGGAAAGCAAGGGAAGAUUCAAGAAAUCUCCUUGGUCUAUUAAUGUCUUCUUAUAAGAAUCAGGAUGGCGAAGAGGAAAUUCUGGGAGGGGAGGAGAUCAUAGAUGAAUGCAAGACCUUCUACUUUGCAGGAAAAGAAACAACUGCUAACCUUCUAACUUGGGCACUUCUUCUUUUAGCCCUGCAUCAGGAUUGGCAAACCAGGGCACGGGAAGAAGUGAAUUGCAUCUUCCAUGAAAACCAGCUUCUAGUUGCAGAGAAAUUAAACGACCUCAAGAUCAUAAGCAUGAUAAUCAAUGAAACAUUUCGACUCUACCCUCCGGCUGUGAUGUUGAUGAGACAGGCGUGUAAGAAGGUUAAGCUUGGGGACAUCGACAUUCCUGCUGACACACAGCUCUAUUGUGCCUUGACUGCUGUCCAUCAUGACACGGAGAUCUGGGGUGAAGAUGCUAAUAAGUUCAACCCAUAUAGAUUUAUGGAGCCUCGAAAGCAUUUAGCUUGUUUCAUCCCGUUUGGGUUGGGUCCCAGAAUUUGCGUUGGUCAAAACUUAGCCAUAGUUGAGGUGAAAAUUGUCCUAGCCAUGAUCAUUCGACAUUUCUCCUUCGUGGUAUCUCCAACCUAUGUUCAUGCCCCAAUGUUGUUUGUAAGCUUGCAGCCUCAAUAUGGUGCGCAAAUAAGGUUUAGGAGGCUUUCUACUUGAACAUUAGUAAGUUGUAACCGUUGUUUAUUUUAGUUUGUCUCUUGAGUUUUUUGAACAAGCUUGUAGAAAUGUGUUAUUCUACCAUCCUAUCAGCAGAGGAAGCCAUAUAGCAAGCGAGAUUUACAUAUGAUUUGGUGGUCA